UCCAUAAAACUGUCUUAACUUGGCAAUUUUUUUAAUUUUAGAAAUAAAUUUGAUUUAUUACCAUCGACCAAAAUAUUGUCAGGAGAAUAUGACUGACAUUUAUUUUUAUUAAAUAAAUCACAUCAAAGGUUAAUUCGAUCACACCCACCCCGCUGAAACUGUAUUGUCUAUCAUUUUGUUUAUAAAAUAUUUCAAUUGGCUCGUUUAUUUACUAUACUCCAACAGACACAUAAUAAUGUCAAAAAUUAUUUAAAUGAUUAUAAAUAAUUAAUUUAAUAUAAAUCGAGACCGAAGGUUUCUCUCUAUUCUUAUAAAUAUACUUCGCGCUUAUUGUGUAUUAAGUUAAUCGAGUCUUCUGCAACGAAAGAUUAUACGUAUCAAAUAGCUGGAUAAUAUUCGGGAUUUUAUUGUUUACGCCAGUUCGAUUAUAUUAAAUAUAACACGACCAUUGUAAACUAUGAGGACGAGCCACGCGAAUACGUCGAUCUACUUCACUUAAAAUUAAUUCUCACGGGGUUUUUGCUACUGGCGAUAAGGAGAAUUAAUCCUACAGAUAAGUUAUCAAAUUUCUAAGAGUCGUUACCGGAUUAUGUUUUAAAAUGAAGCUUAUUUAUUUAACUUUAUUUUCAUUUUUAUAUUUAUACGCGACCGUUUGCUGUAUUAUAAUACCUAUCGUCAUUUCUAUAUUACAAGCAAAGUUUGUAUUUUCCGGAUGCGGUUUAUUUAUUUCUAUGAAAACAGAAACAGAAUGGUGUCAUCCGGAAUAUUCCUUAUCAAUUUGUGAAUAUUUGAAAUUUUCUCCUUCAUUUAUAUUCCUUUAUUCGUUUCCCAUGUUUAUUUACCACCUUAUACCAAUUGUUAAGCUAUUACGUCGUAAACCGCAAACAUAUACGGUUUGGAAGAAACCAUUUUAUCCAGCGAGUAUUUUCUUUUUAAAUAUGUUUAUAUUCAACAGCUGCCUAACAACCACUGGCAUUGCUCUGUCGUGUAAAUCUAUAGGAUCUCAAUAUCCGCUUUUAAGUUGCAAAACGGGUUUUGCAAACAUUUUAAGGCAGAAAAACGAUGACAAAGAUGACAAAAUCAUUUUUAAUUUGCUAAUUUUAAUUCAAAUAUGUUAUUGGAGUUCCUCAAUCGCAUACGUUAUAAUUAUUACCGCAUCUUCUUGUUUAAUAUUCCAGAGAAAGUCAUUUGCGGUUACAGAUUCGAUUAUAUCCUUACAAGCAUUGUGAAAAAUUCAUUUAAAUACGUUUUAAAUGAUGUAAAAUAUAAGUAAUUAAAAAUAUAUACAGUAA